AUGAUCCCCGUGGCAUGUUGCCUCGAGUCAUGCAUCGUGCAAUAUUAUCAGGACACGGCUCAACGCAGUGUGCGCAGGAUUUUCAAGGUGGCAAAAGUACAUUUACCUGUGCAUAUUCUUUGCCAUGUUGCUAAUGAAGAUCUUGAAUCAUAUCUAUACCACGAAGCUCUAAAAAUAUUGCAGCAAAGGCCUUACACUCGCCCAUUCCUACCUGAGUUUGGGCAUUUCUGCGCGCGCACUGUUCCCGCGAUAAAUUCCGGAUCGAACUUUCCAUUAUCGUCCAGCUUCACAUCGAAGUACGCACAUCCGCAUGGCGCGCACCGGUUAUCGAUCCUCCGGUACGGCACCCAGUCGAGCAAAUGGGCGUCUCGUUCCGCGCACCACUGUAUCAACCAUCAAUCCUUCAGUCCAGAACUGGGACCGGCCGCCACCUCCAAUGUAUGGACGACUCAUCUUUGGAUGAGACCGUUAAUGUAUGGAAUGUCUUCCUCUAUGCAAUCGACAACCCUUGUUUUCUCGAACAUGUUUUAUCGCCAGCAGGUUCCCGGUCAUGUCUAUGUCAUUGCCCGCAAUACCUGCGAGCUCACAUAUCAAGGCGUUGGGUGGACUGUGCACCUUCGGAUGCUCCCUGAAGAAUGUGUACCAAUAAUUGCCAGUGUGCACAGGAAUCGGACUCUCAGGGUAUACGUUAUAAAUUAUACGUCUUCCAAAACUGUGCAGGCAACGAGGUCCUCGACGUUGGAUUCAUAUUUUGAGUCUGUCAGCCAGAUUGCUCAUGAACUCGUUGCCCUGGAUGAGACCCUCCUAGUUGCAAACGCUUCUGCUGUCUUGUGA